AUGUUUAAGCGUAAGCCAACUUCACCAGUACCACCACCACCACUUUCAUUUAAUGACAUUUUAUCAGAUUUGAGCCGCUUACAAGCUUACAACAAGCAAGCGCUUGGCAAAAAAAUAGAUAUCUUAGAAAUAGUCAAUACUACUGAUAGUAAUAACGAAAAUAGUAAAACCGAUGGAUCUGGAGAAAAUUCACAACCUCUAAAGUUCACAACAGCCUCAUCACUUAUCGAACAUCUAAAUAAAUUGCCAGCUGCUAACACUCCAAUAUCUUCAGAAACACUCGAUGCUACAUAUGAUCUUUGUACAAAUUUUAUAAAUGUCAAUGACCAAUUACUUGUAUCUCGCAGAGAUCUCGAUGGAUUAGACACUGAUAAUUCAAGGUAUAUUAUGUACGAUUGGAAAUUUAAAACGAUGUUUAACGUUAAUACUACACAAUUUUCCAAAAUAAAAACUCCAUUAAAAAAUUUGCAAUUAGUUAAAAUCAUAAUUGACCAAAUGUCUUCACAAUCUUUCACGAAAAAAAAGGAAAAUAAAAAGUUGAGCACCAGAAAAUCUUCUGGUAUCAUACCACUUCCGAUUUCUGUAUCCAAUACUAGCUUCACAAAUACAUUUACAACUUUUUUAGUCAAUCGCUUUCCGUUUUUAUCCUACUAUUUCACUAGUAGUAUACAAGAAUCACGCGUAAAAACGCGAGGCAAUUUUGAUGCUAAUUCUACUUCAGUAAUAGUCUCGGAAAAGCAAGCUAUACAAAAGCUAUGGAAGCAAGGUUUUUUUGGGAAAGGAAAUUUAUCCAGAAGUGAGCCUACUUUUGAAUGGAGAGAUGGAAAGAAAGGGGAUCAGCCUUUAUCAGCUGAACAAAUAACGCAGAACCGUAGAAUAGCAAGAGCGAGAAGGAAAAAGAACAAAAAGAACGCAUCUGCUUCUAUUACCAACAAUGAAGAUAGCAAGGACGUUAUUGAUGUUAGUGAUAAAGCUAUAUCUAUUCAAGAACAUUUACAACUUACAACAGAAGAAGCAUUUUUCUUAAGUUUCGGACUUGGAUGCUUGGAAAUCUAUGAUGCUAAUGAUAAUUUGAUGACUACUCAUGAUUGUUGGAACGCGUUUCGUAUAUCUUCCGUAUCCAAUAUCGCUCUUAAUGCUCCUCAGGAUUCGCUAAUAACACAAUUAGAUAAUCCAUUCAUUCUUCGAUAUGUUGUAUAUCAUUAUUUCCGUAGUUUGGGUUGGGUUGUUAGGAGUGGCAUGAAAUUUGGAUGUGAUUAUGUGUUAUACGAGAAAGGACCUGAAUAUAAACACGCAGAAUACUGCGUGAUAGUACUUCCAUACUAUCUUUCUGUUACUAACAAUAAGAAUAAUAAUCACUUCCGUCAUAACGUUACGACAUCUUGGCAAUUAAUGUCAAAUUUGAGUAGAGUUUGUGUACAAGUUAAAAAGUCAUUAGUAUUAUGUUAUGUAAUUAUUCCACCAUCACUUCCAGAAUCCAUACCAAAUUCGCAAUCUCAUGAACAAGUUCAACUUUCAACUUCCUCAGAUAAUAACCAACAUCACGUUAAUGAUGAAAAUAAUUAUGGUACUAUUGAUUUGAACAACCCAUUUGAAU